CAAAUCUCAUCCUUCUCACCGCCUUAAUUUCCUCGAUAAUGGAAAUCCAUCUCUCUCAAUCAUCAAUUCUCCGAUCUUUCAUCUCCAUCUUCCUCAUCUCUAUCACCCUCUCGUCGUGCCAUGUCGAGUGCAUGUUAAACCAGCGGACUGUCAAGGAUGCGAAAGAUCAAAGGUUUCGAGUUCUUAAAGAUGAUAUUAUCGAUUCGGAUUGUUGGCCCUGUGAGUCCGAAACUGGUGCAAGGAGUAGUCAUGUUUAUUACGAUAACGAGCAAAUUCCCAGGCGAUUCAUCUCCAGAAAUCGGAUCCUGCUAUCUGCAAGAGGCAAUGCGCCGAAGGUUUUGUACUAAGGAAUACGUUUAUCCGAAAGAAAACUGCCCUGCUUGUGAGCCAUGCAAUGGAUCCAGUGGUAGCGAUGACAAACCAAAAUUUCGUUCCCGGUGGAACACUAUGAUGGUCUGCAAAUCCAGUGAGCUGGGAAUUCUUCAUUUUUAUAGAACUGUUGAAGUUAUGAUGAGCUGUGAGCUUAUGAGUUACAGAUAAAUAAUGAUCAGAAAAGAGAGUACAGAUGAAGAAGUAAUAAACCCAAGAAAAUAGUCAGUGCCCGAAACCUUCUAAAGAAAACUUUGUUAAACUACGUGUUGAUCGAAAGCGAAAAUAAGCUUCAAGGGAAGCUCUGUGAUUGAACAAACCUAGAGAGAGAAGGUUGAAGAGAGAGAGGGCAGCAAAACAUAGCAAGCUUAUGUAGCUGCCUCUGUUUUACUGUUCUGCAGAGACAUG